CCCAUCCUUAUCCACGGCCAUGCUGGUGGCCCCAACCCCUGGAAGGUUGUCCUGCUCAUGAAGGAGCUUAACCUUCCUUACGAGCACAAGCUCUGGGACUUCCCUGAUCUCAAGAAGCCCGAGUACGAGAAGCUCUGUGUUAACGGAAGAACACCCACCAUCGAGGACCCCAACACCGGCAUCACUCUCUGGGAGUCUGGUGCCAUUGUCGAGUACCUGAUCGAGCAGUACGACAAGGAGAACAAGUUCACAUACACUUCCACUCCCGAGAAGUACUUGUUGAAGCAAUGCUGGCAUCAAUACACGAUUGAGGAAUCUCGACUAACAAUCUGCACAGGNNCUUCACUUCCAAGACAGGGCCCUUACUUCGGCCAGCGCGUCUGGUUCAACAUCUACCACGACACCAAGAUCGACUCCGCAAUCGAAAGAUACAGCAAGGAGAUCAAGCGUGUGCUCACAGUCCUGGAUAAGCACCUUGAAGAGUCGGGUACCGAAUACCUUGUCGGUGACAAGUACACCUACGCCGAUUUGUCUUUCAUUCCCUGGCAAAUGCUCCUGCCUUUCAUCUUCGGAGACCAGAGCGAUGCUUUCCACGCCGAGGUCGAGAAGGAGCUUCCUCACUACUGGGCAUGGUGGCAGAAGAUCUCCAACCGUCCUGCAACACAGGAGAUGAAGAAGGAGAGAGAGGCCAACUUCAAGUAG